GGAAGUGGCUGAAGUCUGCAGAAGCGCGGCGUCGCUGCAGUUUGUUAUCCUGGUAAAGGUGAUACAUUAAAUAUGCAGGCAGACGAGAACGCAUCAUGUUUACAAACUGAUUUGUCGAGUUCUUCAGAGACAUUUCGAGUUCUUGUUGGCGUCACAGGGAGCGUCGCAGCUUUGAAGCUCCCUCUUGUGGUUUCUGAGCUUCUUCAGCUCCCUGGGGUGGGUGUAAGAGUGGUUACCACAGAGCAUGCCAAACACUUUUAUGAUCCUGCAGAUGUCUCAGUAAAAAUCUACAGUGACAAGGAUGAAUGGGAGGUACUUUGGACACAGAGAUCUGACCCUGUUCUACACAUUGAAUUAAGGCGGUGGGCAGACCUUCUUGUCAUUGCCCCCCUUGAUGCCAACACCCUUGGAAAGAUUGCUAGUGGCAUUUGUGAUAAUCUUCUGACAUGUGUUGUGAGGGCCUGGGAUACCAGUCGACCUCUCCUCUUCUGCCCGGCUAUGAAUACAGCUAUGUGGCACCAUCCCAUUACAUCCCAGCAGGUAUCGAGGCUGAAAGAGUUUGGAUAUGUGGAAAUCCCUUGCAUUUCUAAGAAACUAGUGUGUGGAGAUGAAGGUAAAGGUGCCAUGGCAGAGGUAUCAACUAUUAUCAGUGUCGUCAAGCAAUAUAUUCAGAAAACAGAUGAGUCAUCCCAGAAAACAUGACAUUACAUCACUCCACAUGAUCCAGCUUGAACUAAUAAAAAACGAAACACGGAGGCUUUGUGUCACAGUUGCCUGAACUGGAAACUGACAUCUCCAGUUUAGACGGUUAUUCUUGUUCGGCCUGGAACCCCUAACUGUCACUUGACUCCAAAAAUUUUGUUAUGGUUGUUAGUUGUGUUUAAUUAAAGCCAGAUUUAUAACCACUA